AUGACGACUAGAUGUGAAGGACCGAAACUAGUGGAAGCCGCCCCGAUUCCCAGAACACACCCAUCCAAGAGAGACGAUGACCUAGACGUCUACGGUCUAGCUUACCUCGACACGUUCCCGUCUUUCGUCGGCUGUAACAACCAGACGUCUACUGAUAUUCUCACGAUGAUGGGUUCCAAUACCCAGAUAUUCUCGAUCAUGGAGGGAUGCAAUGAGUACGAUAUGCAACAUAUCGACGGCUUCCAAGAAGCUUACGACAAUGUCGAAGAACAUUACGAGAUGCCUUUAUCACCCGGACAGGGUCAGGAAUCAGCCUUCGUUCCUGAUUUUGAAACUCACCAAGACCUGCUUGGGCUCCUCCCUUCGUCUCUGGCCGCAGAAACCGUCGCGUUCUCACCUAUUACAGCACUUCUCAACUUUGAGAUGGUUGGAACAGAUGAUCAGCAAUCUCAGAGUUUGGACUAUGCAUUUUGUCCUCCAUCUGCUUUGCCAUCCCUUCGCGUAAAGCCUUCCUCAUUUGCGCAUCACGACGAAGAGUCUGCUGUCCCAGACGAUACCAUGUGUAUUGAUCCAUCAGUGUUAUUCCGUCAGCCCGGUAGACGAUCUCUACGGUCAGAGACUGACAACCACAAUGACUGGAGGUACCCCGACCCUGGCAGUGCCGAGUAUGCCAUCAUGCCGCUGCGAUGCCAUCGCGAAGGCAACGAGUCAUCCAGUGCGUCCACUCAGGCAUUAUCAUCGCCACUAACAUCGGACACGACCCGCCGUCUCUCCGCUGAGAUAUCAACUCUUGCGUCUCCCGAAAGCAGCCUGCAACUACACCGUCAAGGUGUUAUCCAGAUGCUCAAGCAUCCCUUUCAGGAUCUGCUCAGCCAGGAAACAUUAGCCCCGCCAAGUCCAACUUUUCAUCUAUAUCAAACGGACCCAAGCCACAGCCUCUCGAGUGCUCGAACGAUGGGGACUGGAGCAUUGUGUACUGAACAGUGCGCAACGCCAGUGACUUAA